GUUAAAUCUCCUCAGCCCAGCGACCCAAACCUAUCACACCGUAUCUAAACCCUUCUUCUCCUUUGCCCUCGUGUAAUUCCGUCAUCUCCUUCUGACCAACAGUCCGUAAUCUCCUUCCAGAACUUCGUCCUCCAAAACAGUCAUCGAUUAGUGUGCCUCAUCCAUUUCAAUCCUACAGUCGAUGGCGCCGUUUGGUGGAUGAGCUGAAUUCAAGAAUUUUCGACCACGUUUGCCAUCCGUUUAUGAUUUUGGUAGUGUUUGUGAAAAACAAUACUUCAUUUAAACCUUUUACAGUUCAUGAAUAGGGAGCGCAGGGUUCAAUUUUCGCUCACCUUAAACCUCAGUUUGCACGCCAACUGUAUGCUGAAUUAAAAGGACGGCUCUUUUGGACAGCAUUGAGCCACACAAUUUUGAGCCACCAAGUUUGAAAAGUCAAAAGCUGAACUUAUGGACUGCAGCACUUUAUGGAGCCCCGUUCCUGCAUUCAAUGUCACUCUGAAGAUCCAGCUGCUAGCCUUUUGUUAAAACCCACCCGACCUGUUAAAACCCGACCCGACCCGUUUUCUAAACAACAUUUUGGGCGGGAACACUGUUCCUUUUUUCUCCUCCUUUUGUAUAAUAGAAGAUUUAGAAAACACGUUGCUACAGUAACUUGCUCGCUAGCCUUCUUCCCCUUCCUUCUUUUCCCCUUGACUCCGCCUAAGCUUCUCCGCCUACGUUCUCCGCCUACCUUCUUUAGUACUUGGCUUUAACCGAGCCUUCCCUUCACCCGCCUGCCCUAUUUAACCUAGGAGCUGUAACGUAUUGGAGAAGUGGACAGCAAUUUGAAGAAUAUCUGUCCACUUCCAUAGGUAAUAAAAGUCGCUUCAAGCCUGCAAAGCUUCGUCAAACACACCGCUUCUCCAAUACGUUACAGCUCCUAGGUUUACUGAAGACCAUCUUCCUUCUGCAUGUCAAUCACGCCCAGCUUCUGUACUUAGGGAAUCGCUGCUAGGAGCUGCACCCCAACAUCACGGAAUCUCCCAAAUCUUCUAUUGGCUCGUGUUCUGUCAACGAAUUCUAGGAAAGACCAGAUAUAUACAAGAGACUGGUUCAAAAUUUUGGAUUUUUUAUGGCACAAUGCUCUCUCGCUAACAUUGGUGUGUUGCCGAGAGCAUGGGAGUAACUUUCAUCAGUAAAAGCAUCUUGGUGCGACUAUCAAGGAAGUUUCGACAUGUCCAAGCACGAUCACUGUGCACCAAUAACAAACCACCCACCAACAACAGCAAUAUAAACAAGGAAGUAGUAGAAUCUUCCUCUUCUUCUUUGACACGAUAUGAUGCUUACAAGGAGCUAGACAACCUCAAUUUCAUCACGGCUGCUAAGAUUCUCUUUUCCGAUCCUCGCAAGAAAAAGAAAUUUGGGCUCGAUUUCCAUCUGGUACAACUUUUCUUUGCCUGCCUGCCUUCACUGGCUGUGUAUUUGGUAGCCCAAUAUGCUCGCUAUGAUAUCAGAAGAAUGGAGGCGGAAGUGGAAUUAAAAAAGAAAGCUGAAGAAGAAGCAAAAGCAAAAGAAAUGGAAGAAGCAGGAGCAGAUAUGGAGAAAGAAGAAACAUCUGAUCCAAAGCUGUUGGAGUUGAAAGCGAGGUUGGACAAGUUGGAGGAGGCAGUCAAAGGAAUAGUGGUUGAAUCAAAAAAAGAGUCGCCUGCUGGAAUUGGGAAAGGCCCAACAAUUGGUAGUCAGGAUAAACAAACUUCAAUAGUUGGAGAGCGAAACACACAAGUAUCAGGUCACAAGUAGGCACAUUUCUAAUGUUGAAAACUAUGCAAACAAGAAGACUAUUGGGGAAACACCAUUUUCUUCACUCUUCAGCCUCUAUUUUUGAAGUACAUGCAUGGUUGAGUUAAUGAUAUACAUAGUACUUGUCAUCAUGAGGGAAGCAAUAUAUAGUGUAUUUUCCAUUAUCAUUCAUAGUAUUAAAACAUGAAAUCUUGUAUAUUGUACUCACAACAAAAUAUUAAAAUAAAUAUACGAGAAUGAUAUAAUAAAUUCUACACUUUCAAUAUGAUAUUUUCAUGUUGAUAAAAAUAAUGACAUACUAU